AUGGCGGAAAAUGACCCUCCGAACGCACGAGAACGUGAUGGACAUGCCGAAGACAUUUUGUUGGAGGCUCCAACAGACGACGAUGAACCCAUCCACUUUCAGGUUCCGAAGGGAGGCGGGUAUGCCCCAGCUAUUCCUCUCGAAGUCCAAGACGAGGACGAUUAUGCCGAAAACAUUCCUCUCAUGGAUCGAGCAGAGGACGAGCGCUCAGAAUCCUCACAAUCCCCUAUAGCGGUCAAAAACCGUUCGCGUUAUUCCCGCUUCAAAGAAUGCGUGCACGCCGUUGGCCAGGUGCUCAAGUCCGCCCUACCGACCUACUGCGUACCAUCUCAGAUCUCGUCGCCGCGCGACAGUCCCACUGCAUAUCUCGACGCGCUCCGCGGCUACGCAGCGUUCUUCGUCUACAUCUUCCACCUGUAUGACCGACAAGGCGAGGUAACGUGGCGACGCUACCCAUUCGUAAGCACACUCUUCUCAGGAUCUGGCAUGGUAGCCGUAUUCUACGUCAUAUCCGGUUAUGCCCUGGGCUACGGCCUGCUUCUAAAUAUGCACAGAAGGGAAGAAGGCCCAAUGCUGCACAGCCUCGCGUCCUCCGCUUUCAGACGAUACAUGCGUCUGUACGGCAGUAGCGUCAUGGCCUUGCUCAUCACGCUUGUCCUUUUGCGCCUACGACUGUAUGACGGCGUAUAUUUCAUCCAGAUCUACCACAAGAACUUCGGUGCCCAGCUGCUGCACUGGUUCAACGAUGUCUUCAAAUUCUGCAAUCCGUUCUCCGCGAACGUGACGGAUCUGAAGGACAACCACCCGCUCUCCUCGGACUACCUACCACAGAUGUGGACCAUUCCCGUGGAAUUUCGUGGCAGCGUGUUCCUGUUUGCGUUUUGCACCGCCAUCUGCAAGUUGACGCCCCGCGCUCGCAUGCUGAUAAUGUGGCUUAUCAUUGUCGUCAGCUAUUGCUGGCAAGCGGUCUACAUUGCCGAGUUCACUGGCGGUCUUUUCAUCGCGCAAUUGUCGUUGUGUUGUCAUCCCGAGCGUGUCGCGGGCCCUCCGCAAUUGCCGACGAACAACGAUGAGAAGCCUGCUCAAGAUCAGUCAUUGAUCUCGAGGAUCACACAUGUCGCCAUCUUCAUCGUUGGCUUCCUUCUUCUAGGAGAAGUUGACGAUGGUCAGGCCGAGCUCCCUCUCUGGAAACAGUUCCCUUGGGCGUAUCUGAAUAAAGCUAUCCCGUUUUGGUGGCCGGAAACCGGACGUUAUGUCUUUUGGCUUGGAUGGGGCAGCUUGGCCCUCGUGUACUCGCUGGAGUUUUAUCCGGCCCUGCAGAGGCCACUUGGCUGGAAGAUCUCACGAUACCUGGGGGACAUCUCAUUUGGCCUCUACGCUAUGCAUGUCCCUUUCGGUAUGGGGAUCAAGCAACAGUUCCUGGACUCAUGGCGGCAAACACAUCUGGGUGAUUCCUUGUGGGCCUACAUGUUGAUGGCACUCAUCAUCACGGUCAUCGUAAUAACAGCCGCAGAUUAUUUCACAAAGAUCGACAGAGCGCUAGUUCGUUCUGCAAGGCGACUGCAAGAUAGAUUGUUCACUAUUUGGGAUUAG